CAAUGCAGAGUCUGGGAAUGUUUGUUUAUGUCAUUGUAGGUCUUCCUGGGAGCCCAGGUUUCACUGGGGGGCGAGGUCCCCCUGGCAUCUCUGUGCCUUCCAAGGUCCCUGGGAAGCCUGGUGAUACGGGACGUCCUGGAGAAGAUGGGCUGCCAGGCUUCCGAGGACCUUCUGGGCCACCAGGACCACCGGGCCCAGCCUUCAAUCAAGGUGAUCGAGGUAAUCCAGGCCCCAUCGGUCCCUCGGGCUUCCCAGGUCCCAAAGGCAACGCAGGCAUUCCUGGACUUAGUGGAGAAUUUGGUGCAUCAGGUUUCAAAGGAUUCAGAGGGGACCCAGGUUUCAUGGGCAUGCCUGGGAAAGAUGGACCACAGGGUGAUCCAGGUUUCCCUGGGCCAAAAGGCAAAGCAGGUCCUCCAGGUUUUCCUGGGCUACAAGGCGCUCCGGGCCUAACCCAACCACCAAAAGAUAUCAGAGCUCCUCCUGGCACAAUCGGAUUGCCUGGAAAUAAUGGCAACCCUGGUUUAAAUGGAGAUCCUGGCUUCCAGGGGCAAAGAGGACCACAAGGUCCAAAAGGAAAAGCAGGCAUACCUGGCCAGGCGGGAAAUAAUGGCUUACCAGGUCCUUCUGGUGUGGUAGGAGACCCAGGUUCUCCAGGAACUCCAGGACUACCAGGAUUUGAAGGUUUUGCUGGCUCCUGCCUGGCUCGCUUCAGCACCAUGCCUUUUAUUUAUUGCAACAUCAACGAAGUGUGCUACUACGCCAGCCGCAACGAUAAAUCCUAUUGGCUUUCCACCACCGCUCCGAUACCUAUGAUGCCCGUCAGCAGCUACCAAAUCGCCCAGUACAUCAGUCGCUGCUCAGUGUGCGAAGCGCCAUCUCAAGCUGUGGCUGUCCACAGCCAGGACAUCACUAUCCCACAAUGUCCUGAAGGCUGGAGGAGUCUCUGGAUAGGCUACUCUUUCCUCAUGCACACGGCUCCGGAAGGCGGUGGCCAGUCCUUGGUCUCUCCUGGAUCCUGCCUGGAGGACUUCCGUGCCACACCUUUCAUUGAGUGCAACGGUGCCCGAGGAACGUGCCACUACUUUUCCAAUAAGUACAGCUUUUGGCUGACCACGGUGGAGGCGACCAAUCAGUUUGCUGACUCUCCCGUCUCGGAAACACUGAAAGCGGGUCAGCUCCGGACACGGGUGGGACGGUGCCAAGUCUGCAUGAAAAAUUUGUAGCCAAGGCCUGGACGUCAGACCUUAUUCCUCUUAAGACCAAGAAAUUAGCAUUUGUGUCCCACCUGGGCAAUUGACAUCUUCCCAAAUCUCCCCACAUACAGAUUUCCUCCUCUAACCAUCAAAAUAUGGUGCUAUCUUUCCCCCUUGUUUUUAAUCUUCCUGGCUACCUCAAAGUCCUUUUCUGCCUUCCCAACCACCACAUUCUUUUGGCUUUGAUGAACUAAACUGAUUUUCACAAGACACAUACAGAUUUCUUCUCAAGAAUAUGAUUGUAAGGUCUUCCCGUGUUUAGGGUUUAAGACAUGUCAGGAAUUUCACCAAUGUUUUUUCCUGCAUGCACGCACUCCUCCUCUAACCAUGUUCCUCAUUCAUAUUCAUCUUAAGUUAGCUGCUUAUUUUUAGGCCUAAAAAAACAUAGUUAGCUGUCUAAAAGUGUAUCUGUUCUUCGAUCCGUGGUAUGAUCAGAUUUGAAGGUUCCGGUUUGUGAAAUAGUUAGCUGCAUUGAUCAAUGCCUGCCUGGCAAUCUAUUAAACAGUGAAGUGACAAUAAAAUAAACUUGUUAGGAGAGGAAAAUAUUGGGAUUUUAGGCCUAUUAGGAGGAUGAUAAUGUGCAUCUUUUGAAGAUUUUUUUUAUGGUGAUGAUGCAAUUUGAUUUCACCUGCUUGAUUAUUCAGCCCAAGAAUGCUAAUCUAACAUUGUUGCUACUCUGCGUAAUGUUUUCCUACGAAUGUUUCAGAACCUCUCUGCUUAUUUGUUAAUGUGCCACAAGUAGCAUUCUUUGUGGCAUCCAAUGGUGCUAGUCAGAAGCCCUCUUGAACAUGGCAAAUCAUGGCUCAGAUGCCAAAGUAUAACUUGAAUUUAUCUGAUGAGGCCGCUCCUUCCUUUCUGUGCUGGGACAUGUGAAUGCUUUCUGGGCUCAUGAAUCCGUGUUUCAUGUUGCAUCCAGACUGAGAAACCGUAGGUGGGCAGCAAACCAACUUGAAGUAAUGGUUGCAAAUUGUUAAUGUGUUCCACUCUUGAUAACAAUCAUCCCUCGGCUUGGUCAUAACUAUGGUUAAUUAACCAACAGAAGAAUUCUUCAGAUCGGGUGAAGUAAGAAGGAAGGGGAAUGGCAGAGAUCCAGCACGUAGGAUCACUCAAAGAAGUUAGAUGCAGAAUUCACCCUGGUGGAUAAGGAAGCAACUGAACAUAUUAAGAUGAUUUACCAAAGGAAACUUUUGUUAAAAACUGCUUAUUAGAAAGGUUGAAGGGUACCUCCUGGAGCCAAGGUGGCGCAGUGGUUAAAUGCAGCACUGCAGGCUACUGCUAGAUCAGCAGGUCAGCGGUUCAAAUCUC